UGCAGAUCACAACUUUUGGAUUCCUUCACCACACCGUCAUCCGCUGACAUGGUGACAUGGUGCCGACGGCACGAUGGUCACCAUUCCUUCUUCUCAGCUGGCGUUGCCCACCGUGCCACCCUCUUGCCCUAGUCUUUCACCAAAUCCACGAAGUCCGGCCACGCGUCUUUCAGCCAGCGGUAAAGCUUCCGCAAACGAGCUGGCAGACCUGAACUGCCGCCACACUGUGCCUAGGGCGAUCUCCUUGCCAAGCUACCUCCCGUUCCGUUUCUUGGUCGUCAUUAGCUCAUGGUAGUCAUUCGAGUUCCGGCGCUUUUUAGGCGCCCGUCGUUCCUCGAAUGUCACGACCAUUCUUGGCAAGAGUUAUAGCUUCAGAUUCAGGGAUUUACCGCAUAAUCCCUGAGAAACUCAGAGCCAGAUCCCUGCAUCGCACAGUUGCACCGAAUCUGCAAAUAAUGCUGCUCUUUGGGUAACAGAGUACACAGGACCUUCCUACUGGGUGCCCCUUCCGGUGAUCUGCCUGAUCUAUUCCAUCACCGCACAAUAUGCCGUUCUUUCUCAGAAGCCACCACCGAUACGAGGCCCCUCGUGGUAUUGUCGCUCAAUUGAGCGUCGCAACGCAUUGUUGAAGCCGAGUGGCUUUACGCGUGAAAUACGAACAUUCAAGGGGACAGCCACUCUUACGAUCUAGGCAUGUUCAAAUGGGGCGGCAGGGGUGGUGGCUGAUUACGAUCUCGUCGGGCCGAGGGGUGCACAACAGCGGGCAUUUACGGCCUGC